CAACAGGUUUACGCACACGCAGCCCCAUAGACAGGACUCCAGCUAUACCACUGUCCUCUGUCACUCCUUCAUAUGCACGGUGCACAGGCUGUGCAACUGUCCGCUAAUUGAGUUCCAAGUGUGCCCACAAAUCCACUUAUAAAAGUAAUUUCAUGUGGAAAAAACUAUUAUAAAAGCAGAGAACAAAAAUCAGGAAUCCAAUCAGAAGCCGCAUUGUGAAAAAAUCGCCUGACCGCAGAUACAAGCCCACGGAAGCCCAACACCCGUUCACUCUUUGAUUUCGAAUAAAACAACGAAAAUUGUGCAAGAAUAUACUCAGUGAGCAUGGCCCACACGAAGACAAAGACCCAGAAUCGCAUAUUGCUGGUGGUAGUGUUGCUUCUGUGCAGUGUCUGCAGCAGCCUGGCCACCGGUAGCAUCGCUAGCACCGCCAGCAACGAACCGAGUGGCCUCUCCGAGCAGGUGGUGGAUCAAAUGAGCGACAGCGAUUUGUACAGUAACAACAAGCGGGCCUGGCAGUCGCUGCAGAGCUCUUGGGGCAAACGGAGCAGGGACGGGCCUGAUGGGUCGGAGGCAUCGUUCGGUGGAGACGACAACAUCUACAUGACUGGACACUUUGUGCCCUUGGUGAUCACAGAUGGGACCAAUACCAUCGACUGGGACACCUUCGAGCGGCUGGCCAGCAACCAGGACAUGCAGCCACAGACGCUGCAACAGCAGCAAUCAGGCGAGGAUAUGGUUGAGGACCCGGAGGCGGCCGGCAACAUGGAGAAGCGGGCCUGGAAGAGCAUGAAUGUGGCCUGGGGCAAGCGCCGUCAGGCUCAAGGCUGGAACAAAUUCAGGGGCGCAUGGGGCAAGCGCGAGCCCACUUGGAACAACCUGAAGGGCAUGUGGGGCAAGCGCGAUCAGUGGCAGAAGCUGCAUGGUGGCUGGGGCAAGCGCUCCAUGGCCCUCAACUAAACACCAGUACAAACGUUAAACUACCCCAACACUAACCAGGCAUUACCAUUACCCAACUGUAUCUAACCAAUAAUAAUAUGUGUAUGUGUGUUCCCCCAUAGAUGUUCCGUUCCGUUUCCAGCCUAAGCAUUGUGGAAGCUGUCCUAGAGACCUGCUCCCAGGCACCAUCGGGAACGGGGAAACAAAA